CACUUACACCUAAGCACGAUAAUACUACUGCAAAAAAGAAUCAACAAACAAAAAUGGACUUGGAAGGAGAUGGACCUUUUAUAACAAUUUAUGGCCUUUUAUGGCCUUUUAUAACAAUUUUUAUAAUCUGCAUAUUAAUAAUUCACUUAUUAACAAAAAAAAUUAACAAAAAAAUAAUAUUAAAACUUGCUGUAAUACUUCUGAUACCUCAAUACAUUAACGCCGUUGACGACCCCAAUCUGGGACAUUCCAAUUUGCACGUAAUGGGAGGAAUGGAAGAUGAGAAGUGGGAUUGGAAGGGAGUCGUCAUUGAUAAUCAAAACGGACAGGUUCUCUACAGAGAUACCUAUGACCCGCAAAAGCAACAAGAACUGCAACUGCGAUUCGACGAAGAUGAUCUUGGUCCGCACUUCAAAACCGUCACCAACGACAAACUGUAUAUCAAUGAGAAACCCCCGAUUCUUGAAUGGUUCAAGGACCCGACGAAAAAAUCGCUAAUUAGAGAUUACUUACGGUUCCUAUUCAUCGAUAAUUCAGACCUCCCGGAAAGAUGUCUUCAAAAAUAUACCAGACCUGCAAAGGACCCAACUGCUUUCAACAAUACACAAGACAAGACAACGGUCAUUUCGGCUUUGCUUCAACCGGACAUCAUCCUCAUGUACGGAAAAAUGAGCUACAAUAAGAAAACGCAGACUGACACGUGCAUCAUUACAGCUCCCGUCCAUGCCCUAAAUAUACCACGAAUGAAUGUUUGGCAAUGGUGGAAAAAGAAAUGUUACAAUCUCCUCGAAUUAACAGAUAAAAUGUAUAUAAAGAUGAUUCUGUUGUACGAUCGUCUGACAAUGUCAUACUGCGUAGAAACCGUCUAUCCAACAAAUCUCAAUGAAAGAAAACCUGAACCCAAAGCGAAUUCUAUGCUCCUGGACUAGAGAUUUUGUCAUUUGAUUCCAUGCCACACUUUUUGAUUAUUAAUAAAGCUUCUUAACUAUUAAUGCCAUUCGUUAACUGUUAACGAUUGGUAUUCAGAUUUAGAAAUCCUCUAACAGCAACUAAAUCCUUCUGUCAGCGUACAGACGAAGAGCUUGGGAAUUUAGUGCGCAGAGGAAUAGUUCAGUGGAAAAAAAACAAAAAAUUUUUUUAAGUUUAACGAAUCCAUUUUGCCAUAAAAAAGCCAUAAUAUUCGUCAGGAAAUGGUCCGGGGACCGUAACGUAUAAUUUAUUUAGUGACAUAAAAUUGUUAUUGUUAUAGUUUUUAGCAAAUUUCAGCCCAUUCAUUUUCGGAUUACUAUACAUUUUUCUUUUGCAAAAAAUCAGUAUCAAAUUUUCAAAUUUUAAAAAAAAUCUAGAUAUUUCUAAAUUCGAAGUUCAUUCAAAAAUUAUGAUUUUCUGGUCUGUCACACGGAGACCAAUAUAGCAUGAAUCCAAAUGACUUUCGUUCAAAAAUGGAUUUUUACACCGUUUUCACGGGCGUCUUUUAAAUCAUUAGGAUUGAGUGAAAUUUUGAUCUCCGUGAAAUAAGAAAAUCAUUAAUUUAAUCGACAGCAAUAGUUACACGAGUGAGAUGCAGUUGCAGGGGACUUCCAAGUUUAACAUGCGCGCUCUUUCGUAUAAAAAUUGCUGGGUGAUGGGCAAACGUGUAAAGAUCUAAUGUUCGCCAGUCAAUGAGUACAUUCGGAUAACGCACUGUUAGCCGAAAGUGAAACAAAAAGAUAAAAAAAA